GUUCCGCGUCCACACGAGCGCUUACUUAACUCGUAUAAUUAUUGUAACAUCCUCGUUGCACCCAGCCGAGCGUCAGUACUGCUCUAAUCAGGAAUCAAAAUCACGGAUGAUGUCCCGGACUUGAAAAUGCGCGGUAAUAAAAUACUCGCAACGCUUAUGCCUUAUUCUGUCUUCGGGCAGUUGGACAAUGAUGUAUACAUGGAUUGUCGUUAUUGGAGCGUGCUGCUGGACAGCGGCAUUGGGUGGCCCAGUGGAAAGCAUAAUUCCUGCCGAAUAUCCAGAUGUCGAGGGAGCGGUCGUGAAUGGCUCACCUGAGGACGUCUUUGCAGGAAAUGCAGAUUUUGACGAAUCAGACAGUGCCACCGUUAUCCCGCCAAGUUAUCCCGAUGAAGAGACCUAUCCACUGGCACAAUAAAACCUCCCAUCGGUGGACUAAUCAUUAAUGGUGAAUCUGCACCGAACAACGAGUUCCACUUUAUCGUCAGCAUCCGCCGAGACGAUAGCCAUAUCUGUGGUGGGUCGCUCAUGCCGGAUCUGAAAUCCGUCAUCACCGCCGCUCAUUGUGUGCAUGAUGAAAAAUCGGGCAGGCGCAUUCCAGUACGGGAGCUCAGCAUCGCGGUGGGCAUCCGCCGCCUCGUCAACGUCCCACCGUCCAACGUAAUCACGGUGCGCGAAGCCGUUGUUCAUCCCGACUACCAUCAUAAAAAGAUCCUCAACGACAUCACCAUCCUGCGCUUAGCGACCACGGCCGCCGGAAUACUGGGCGUAUCCAGCGUGAAACUUCCGCCCGCCAAUGCCGAGCCGGCUCCGGGUACAACACUGCACACCGCAGGCUGGGGGCGGACGCAAGAGGGAGAGGCGAGUGCGGCGUCAGAACAGCUGCUAAAGACCACGCUGAAGGUCGUGGAUCGCGAGCGGUGUCGACGUUCCCUGGGUGCAACAAGACGGAGUCAUAUUCCUCCCAGCCAAAUCUGUACCGAGAAUCAGGCGUCCGGCACGUGCAAUGGCGACAGCGGCGGUCCGCUGGUUAAUCGGCGGAGUGGUGGGGAUUAUUUGGUUGGUUUGACCAGCUACGGCCUCAGAGGAUGCACUCUCAACACAGCGGACGUUUUCACCAAAGUCAGCCACUUUACAGAAUGGAUCCAACGUGUCACCAACGGGGAUACCCCUUCCCACACCCAACCUAUUCCAGCCCCCGCGCAUCCUGCAAACCCUGAAAGCCCACCAGGGGAUUUUCGAGAAGAUAAUCCCACUCCUGCUCCCGGGCCAAGUAAUGGUGUCUUGCAACCAGGAGGUUGCGGAGGCGCAGGGACAAGAGGAUGUGACGCAACCCGACUGCUGCCUAAUUAUAACUGUCGCACGGUGGGAGCAACAUUGUGGUGCAAGACGAAACACGGUGAACUGCCGUGUACAGUCUCCGGAAAUAGACCCAUCUGUCGGUUAAGAUCCGGUAUCCCGUCGCCCGGUGGAGCCCGAAGACCACAGGGCGCUAACGUGCGUCAUUGCUACUCUCAGGGACACAAGACCCAUUGCACUAUCCGGUCAUCUUCCGGAUAGUACCAGCUACCAAGGCCUGAAAAUGAUCCAUUCGCGAUGUUACGUUAGUAUUAACUUUUAAACCGUUAGAAAACACUCAAAAAUCAAGCCGAUAGAGUAGUAUUGCGGCAGGAGAUGAGCGUUAAAUGGACACAAAAACAAAAUGGACUAAUACAAUUUUCAUGUUUCUGGCAUUUAAUAUGUGUGUGUUAGCACUUUAUUAGCAUUUCUCAAUAAAGGACGUCUGGCAUGUUAUCAAACGCAGUGUGACCAUGUC